UAUAACCUUUCACAAACAUCAUUGAGUUUCCUUAACUCAAAAAUCAUAAUUUUCGUUUAAAAUUGAAGAAACAAAUUAAUUAAAGUUUUGGAUGAAAUGAUUGCAGCUGCAAAAAAGCGUGGCUGUGCCAUUAAAACAGAUUUCAGAAGUUAUCAAAAUUUCUGACAGUUUUUUCAUUUUCCAAAGCAGAUGGAAUUCAGGAAACUUUUCCUUCUUUUGAUUCAAGAGCAGAUAUGGAUAAAUGUAUUUGUCAAAGACCAGUGAUCCUGAAUAUCAAAAAAUGAAUGUUAGCUGUAACUCUUGCUGUGCAAAUGUGACAGGAUCUAACAAGAAUGAAAAUGAGUGUGUGAAUCAAGAAAAAAAGAGUAAAAUCGUAUCAGAAAUUAUUAAAAGAGGUCUACCUUAUAAAGAAAUUGAAGCAAUCAUAAACAACAACCGAAUGAUAAUUCGAGUGCAAACGGAUUCUUUAAAUCAAGAAGAAUGGGAUCCUCCAUGUGACUGCAAUGAAGAAAAUAAAAAACAAACGUCUCAACAAAAACCAACUUUUAACCCAAGUGGAAAUGUCAUUCUUCAAAAAGUGGAUUUAAAUCAGUGUAAUCAAAAUCCUUGCCGAACUAUUACAGUUUACCCUCAUGCAGAUCAGGAAAUUCAUCAAGAUCAAAAUACUAAUAAAACAAAAAAUAAGGAAUUUGAUUCGAGAAUCAAUAUAAAUGAUGUUCUUGAUCCAGAAAAGAAAAUUCACCCUCAGCAUUCACCAAUCAGCAGUAUUGAUCUUGAAGAAAAUCCGAAUAUAUUUCUUCUGAGAAUUAAAAAAAAAUGUGAAACUGGAGAUGGAAAAUAUAAUAUUGAUCUUGAAUUUCGUGCCCCGCGACCUUGGUUACCAAAAACUAUUGCUCAAAAACCAACGCUACCUCCAGUUGAAGUCGAGCUAGAAAGUGGCAGUAAAGAACGUGUAGAAAAGAGAAAAAAAGGGAAAAAAGGGAAACCAGGGAAAAAAGGGGAAAAGUAAUAUUUACCUUUAUCUGAAGUUGAAAUUAAAAGCAAAAUUUUAAAUUAAAUGAUAAGUAAAUUGCGAUAAAAUAAUUGUGUAACAUUCUUAAUAACUUCAGUUCAAAGUUAGCUACCAAAAAUAUUUCACACUCGACAAAAAAGAAGUAAAAUCACACGACUUAUUUAUUCAUUUCUUUUUAUUAUACUAAAAAUGAAAUUAAUAAUCAUAAAUUAAAAUUUUAAUAGCCACAGCAGCUUUCGUAUAAUUUUACUUAAAUUUUAAUUUUAAUCAUCUUUUAGUAAUCUGUAACUUAAUGCAAAUAUAAUAUUUUAUCACUGCAGGAAUUAGAAGCAAAGAUCAAAAUUAAUAAUUAAGUGCGGCUUUAUAUUAUAACAAGAUUUUCUUUAACGACAUUCUGGAAUUCUGUGACUUAUUGAUGUUUUUCAUUUUUGACACUGAUUCUUUUUGAAAAUGUUUACGAUUAAAAAUUCGUCAACUUGUAUAUUGGAAUUUGAGGUCAGUUACACUAGCCCCCCACCCCAUCCACUCUUCAUUUUCGGGUUUUCUAUAACCGACUGAAUUGCGCCCCCAAUGCGCUCAAAUGCGCUCACAUGCGCCACCGAUAAAAAUUUUUGCACCACGAAACUGUAGGAGUUAUAUCAGGGCUGGUGUCAUUUUUCUAAACUAAUAAUAUUUUUUUUCAAAUUCAUCAUACCUAACUUUCAUAACUUCAAAUGCGUUCAAAUGCGCCAUCACUAAAAAAUUUAGCGCUAGCAAAUUAACGAAGAUAUCAUAUUCUAGAGGGGGAACCAGUGUAAUGCAGGUGUUAAAUCCUCAACAAUUAUGUGCCAUAUAAAGUUAAGGACAUGGAUUCAUUCGUCAUCAAAUGCGCUCAUAUGUGCCUUAAAUUUAUUUUGAAAAUUACCCAAGGCAUGGAGGUAACAAAAUUUUGGGCUUUUAAAUGCGCUCAUAUGCACCACUUUCAAAAUGAACGAAAAACCAUAAUCAACCCCCUCAUUGCCAAUUGUUACCGAUCCACUAUCCAAAUGGUGUCUCCAAAUAUCCUAAAUUACACUAUAGCUUUGGAUAGUAGAUCGUAACAAGUGGUAAUGAGGGGGUUGAUUAUGGUUUUUUGUUUCGAAAGUGGCGCAUAUGAGCGCAUUCGAAAUUCAAUACGAAAAGCUCAUCAUAAAAUUUUAUAGUGUAAUUUAGGUUAUUUAAAGAUAUCAUUGGAUAGUGUAUCGGUAACAAGUAAUAAUGAGGGGGUUGAUUAUUGUGUUACACUGCCUCCUCCCCCUAAAAAAUAUGAUAUCUUUGUUAUUCACCUAGCAAAAAAUUUUUAGUAGUGGCGCAUUUGAGUGC